CGGCCACUCACGUACCGUCUGGACAUUCCUGGCCUCCUGCUUCCUUUGCGAAGUCGCAGCUAUGGCGGUCAUUCUCGGGAUGACGUACAAGCAGAUCAUAGUCGCGUCGGAACCCAUACCCGGCGUAAUCAUCUGCACGCCAGUUGGUAUCCCAGAUUUUUUCUUUGUGUUCUGGGUUCCUAUCGUUGUCUUCGAGUCUAUUUUGUUCCUGUUGGUUGUCAUACAAGGCGUCGGCCACCUUAAGGAACGCAGUUGCAGCUGGAGCCCAACUACCCUAAUGGAUGUGUUGGUUAGGGACAGUAUCUUAUACUUCUUCCUGACGCUCACAACCUAUAUUACCAACGCGGUCGUCUGGAUGACAAUGUCGUCGACUUGGCUUGAAGUCCCCGAAGGCUUCGCCCUGGCCGCUACGUGCAUCAUGGGCUCGCGGCUAGUACUCAACAUGCGGGAAGCGUUCUUCAACCCCUUCCACGAAGGUGGUAUUUUUGUCUUAUCCGCUCUCGGGAGCGGGCGGGCGGGUAGAGCGUCCCCCGAUUUGCAGUUCCAGCGCCAUGGCUCCGUAAGGUCGAGAGCCAUGCUGGACGAGAUUGAACUGGGUGACGCUAAUUGGGCGGAAACGAGUGGGGUGAUGAAACCCCUGGCACAGGGAGAUAGGUGAGGGAUGGACUAUGAGAAAGAUAUUUGCACGAGCAUACUUCAAUUGCAAUUGAAAGGAGAUAGGCCUGGG